AUGAGUUAUCGGAAAUGGCUUCCUAAUUUUGUGUUCCUAAUCUGUCUGAUAAACCUUGUUGUUACUGUCAAAUCCGAGUUCCCAACAAAUAUUAAUUUCAAUUAUAAUUGUACAGCUAACGGUACUUACACAAGUAAUAGCACGUACAAGACAAACCUUGAUACCCUCCUCUCCACUGUCUCGCCUAAUAUUGACAACAAUGGAUUCUACAAUGCUUCAACCGGAGAAAAUUCCGACAGAGUCAAUGUCAUUGCGCUCUGUAGAGCAGAUCUUCAGCCUUAUCAAUGUCGUGAUUAUGUCAAAAAUGCUACGGUUGAAAUCUUAAAGAAGUGUCCGAAUCAAAAACAGGCUAUUUUUUGGCACGAAUUUUGCAUGGUACGAUACUCCAACGAGAGUAUCUUCGGAACUCUUGCGUAUUCUCCUUCAGACCAGGGUUAUAGUAAUGAAAAAGUACUCACAAAUCUAGACGAGUUUUACCAGGAUCUUAACAUACUAUUGGAUAGUCUUCGAAACCAGACUGCCUAUAAUAGCUCCCCCAUGAAAUUUGCUGCAGAUAGGCGAGUUAACCGGAAAAAAGAGCAAAAUUAUGCGUUUGAGCAGUGCACACCUGAUAUAACACCGAAGGAAUGUGAUGAUUGCUUAAAAGAUUCUGCUUUACGCAUUCAAAUUGGUCCUUAUGGAGGUAGAAUCCUUAGGCCCAGUUGCUAUCUUCGCUUUGAAACUGAUUUUCCCUUCUACAAUGAGACUAUGGUUGAUAUACUCCAACCACCAGCAAAGUCGCCCCCACCGCUGUCACCACCAACAGCAUCGCCGCCCCCGCCGCUUUCACCACCAGGUGGUGGUGGCGGCGGCGGCGAUGCAGAGACUUGA